ACUACAAGUCCCACAAUGCCCCGGGCGGCGGCGGGGGGCGCUUUCAGGUGUCUGGGACCGCGGCGCACUCCGGUCGGAAGUGCCCGAAGGUCCGCUAUGGAGCUGGCGGAGCCGGGCGCUCGGUAGCAGAGCGGGCACGGUGGCUGCCAUGGCCCUGAUUGAAGGGGUGGGCGAUGAGGUGACUAUCCUGUUCGCUGUGCUCACCUGCCUCCUGGUGCUGGCCCUGGCCUGGGUCUCCACCCACACCGCCGAGGGCGCGGCCCCACCGCCCCAGCCUUCAGAAACCCCCACCACAGUUCAGCCCAGCGAUGCCAUGGCUGUCUCUGAUCAUGUCAGUGGGGAGGCUCCUGCGGCCGAGGCCCUCAGCCUGCGACACAGGGGUCCAGCCAUGCAGCCAGAGCCUGGCACGGAGCUGCCAGCAGCAUCUCCACUCCCGGACUCCCCCCAAGAACCCCUCGUGCUCCGGCUGAAAUUCCUCAACGACUCAGAGCAGGUGGCCAGGGCCUGGCCUCACGACACCAUCGGCUCCCUGAAAAGGGCCCAGUUUCCCGGCCGCGAGCAGCAGGUUCGGCUCAUCUACCACGGGCAGCUGCUCGGAGACGACGGCCAGACUCUAGGCAGCCUGCAUCUCCCACCCAACUCUGUCCUCCACUGCCACAUGUCCACGCGAGUCGGCCCCCCACACCCACCCUGUCCCCCCGGCUCCGAGCCAGGCCCGCUGGGGCUGGAGAUAGGCAGCCUGCUCCUACCGCUUCUGCUGCUGCUGCUACUGCUGCUGUGGUACUGCCAGAUCCAGUACCGGCCCUUCUUCCCACUGACAGCCACGCUGGGGCUGGCGGGCUUCACCCUUCUGCUCAGCUUCCUGGCCUUUGCCAUCUACCGCCCCUAGUGCCUCCUCGGACUCUGAGCUCCAGCUCCCCGCGCCGUGGUAGUAGCCACUGCUGCCUGCCUAGGCCAGCCGCUCCUGCCUGCCUCUUCUCACUACCCUGGAGCCCAGCGUUGCGCCGAAGAGCGAUUCAAGGGCCAGCUGACGCUCCUCCCUGUGACCUCCACGGCUCUGGGCAGACUCCUCGGGCAGCAGCUGGCCCUCAGGCCCCGUUGGCAGUAGCCUCCUCUUCCAGGCCUGGCAGCUGCUGCCGUUGCCUGGGGUCUGAGAAGAAGCAGGCCAUGUCCCUGGGCCCGUCUUAGCGUCCUUUCCUGGGCUGCAGCCAUCUCUUGUCCCUAAGAACUCCUUGAGCAGAUUUGGGGACCAGAAGAUGUGGGGAUGGGGGGGUGAUGUAGAGACUGGGUAAAGGGAACUAAGUAGGCUGGGUUCGAGGGAGUUCUCUGCAAGUGGGAAAAUUAAAGAACUGUGACAUUUGAA